CAGCUCUCCGGCUGGCUUUCCUUCGAGGUGAGUCGGGAGUCAAGCCGUUAGUAUCGUUGCCGUUGUGAUUGGAAUGGUGGUGUGAUGUGCAUCGUGACGAAGUGCGCAUCCUGAAGAACAGCGAAGUACGUGGAUUUUACGCACAGAGAGAGAGUUGAAACCCUUCCUCCCCCGACUCCCCGCUAACGAAUCCCUUUUCAUCCCCCGGUACUCGCGCGAGAUUGAGCAAGAUCGAGAGAGCCGCGUGCCCGCGUUCUCCAAAAUCCCCCGUGGUCCAGCUCUCCUCUUCACAGUUCGUGGUGCGCUUCGUGGCAGCUUCUUCUUCGCGCUGAUGCCCACGUACAGUCGGUAGCAAUAAUCACCACGUAACCGCGGUGAGUGCGAGGUGAAGCUAACGGAAGAGACGGGAGAAAAAGAGAGACCGAAGAUUCGACGAAGAAGAGAGAAAGGAAAGAACGAAAAGAGAUAUCGGAGAUAAAAUACCAAGAUGCCGUGCUCCGCAGUGACGCUGUCUCUUGCCACCAUAACCGGUAUAAUCGCCACUGCUCUGCUGGCGAUCGCCUUCUCCACGGACAACUGGCUCUACACCGAGGUCAAGCGCGCUCAGAUCCAGCAAUACGCGAGCAAGCAUGCCGAGCAAAGCCAUUUGGUGGAACAAAUGAACAUGAAAUAUUAUUAUUUCACAAGGACUCAAGGUCUAUUUAGGAUAUGCUAUCCUAAAGAGAGACCACCAACGGUCGAAACUUAUCUGAGCCCCGUAGAGACACAUUGCAUGAAUAUUGAUUAUUUCAUUCCCGAUGAAGAAAAUCAAACCAGAGGCUUCUCUGACGAUGCCAUGACACGAUUACAUAUGGGAAGAUCCGUGAUAGCUCUAUUCAUGGUCGCCUUUCUUGCGAUAUUUUCGGCAUUCUGGACAGGAGUAGUGGGCUGCUGGAGAAGAUCAGCAGGGAACAUCACGGCUACAGCAAUUCUAAUGUUAUUCGCCUGUCUACUGAGUGCUGGCGGUAUGGGCCUCUGGCAUGGCGUCGAGUAUUAUGAAAAAGAAAAAAUCGUCGGAGAGGAAUAUUAUCAGCAAUGGAGCAACGUCCUGAAAGACAACUCGCUAAUCUCGUACGACUGGUCGUACGUGGUCGCUUGGGUCGGCGUCGGUUGGUCGUUGGUCAGCGCGAUCUUGUUUAGCGCCGCGGCGAUUUGCUUGAGGGGCGAGAGAAUGCGCGAGGAGGCGAUGAACAUGCAGUAUCUCAUGCCUGUGUACCCGCAGAAGCAGCAGUACGCGUAUGCCGGAUAUCCGGCACCGGCGGCGUAUCCAGGACCGUAUUAUCACGGUUCCCAAUACGGGCCCUACAAUUACUGAAGGAACUCGGCCGAUCCGCAUCGAUGGAAAGAAAGUAUCCCGAGCACAGCGCUCGUCGCUAACAUCGAAAAUUCGCAUCACUUAGCAGAACGAGGACCAAAAAUAUUCAACACGAAAUCUGAGAAACUCGUCAAAGUCGAUCCGCUGAUCACGCUCCGUGAUGCAAAAGAUCUAUCGAUCUGAAGGAUCUAACGAUCGCGUCGAUCUCGAACGUAAAUUGAAUUUCAUUUCAAAAUUCGUGGCUUCAGAUAUUAGCGAGAUGUAACGCCAUGAGAUUCCCAAAUAUGUAACUCUUUUCUUCCCGCGAUAAACCGAUCGUUUGACUCCAUCCGACCAGAAGCAAAAAUUCCAGGCAAUACGAAAAUUCAAAAGAUGUCCGAGAGAAGUCCAAAAGGAAUCUGAAAAAUGAGGGUUUUCCUUUGGUCUUUUUUUAUUGCAUCUUUUGGACGUUCAUGUUGUUCUUCAAUAUGGAAGCUCAACGCUUGCGCGAGACGGUUGCUCAAAAAAUACGCGUACAUUUUAGAAGCGAGAUUACUUUGUAUUUUUCCAGUUUCGAUAAGUAAGAUAUCGAUCAUCCCUUACGCAUCUUUCCCAUGCGUGCUUAUCGCAAGGGAGAUACGCGUUCCCAUCGUACAUCGUUUCCAUCGGACUCCGAUCGGUUUCACCGAGCUUUCUCGCAUUCCCAUUAACGAGCGUUACAUGGAUGAUUCAUUCAUCAUGGUAACAGUCCCCGGCAAAAAGAGAAGGUCUGACAGAAAAUGCAAUCGGGCGAUCACCGGAUUUAAUGGACGUUACUCGCCUCGAUGAAACUCGGUAAAAACAGUCACGAGUCUUGUAAUUGAUUCGAUCGACCAUACGUUGAUUGAAUUUAGAUCCGAGAAGCUUGGCUCGCGUCGAUGGGCGUCGCGCGUUUAUUAUUAUUUAUUUAACGCGAUCGAAACUCAAGUUUCUCUUUCGAGAAGAGGACUGUUGAGUCGUGCGAGCGAAGCGGAAAACGAUAUAACGUUCAUCAACGCUCUUAUCUCCUUGGUAGUACCAAAUAUUAAAUAAAUAUCCUGUCUCUAAAAACAAAUAUCGCGAUUUCGCGAGAAUAUUUGUUUUCGUACAAUAAACUUGGUUUUAACACUUUCGAGUCCAACGGAACAAUAGAUUUAAGUUGGAAGGACAUACGUAAUUAGAAUAUAAGUGAUUUGAAGGAAAAUCAUAUAUAUUUAUAUGAUAUUUUUUUAUUUCCUUGUGUCACUUUAUAUUAAUUGUAGUUCCAAUAAAAAUCUAUCGUUCCAGCCAUUGAUAUACGUGCACGAUGCAAGAUUUGAUUAAAUAAAUUAAAAAUUCGUUUUGAAAAUGUUAAAACUUUCUCGGGCGUGUACAAUCUACGUAACAUAAAAUGU